ACCUCACUUUUUGCUUAACCUAACCUUAAAAGUUAAAAGCAUUCCUGUUUUAUUCUUAAUAAUUUCCAUAAUAAUCAUGUUUGAAGAAUUAGAACAAAGUGAAUUAGGUUCACAAGAAUAUUGGGACAAGUUAUAUAAAAAGGAAAUUGAAAAUUACAAGAAUAAUGGUGAUGUGGGUGAAAUUUGGUUUGGUGAAGACAUUGUUGAUAGAGUCUUAAGGUGGAUAUUAAAAAAUAACAUCCCAAAAUCGCAUAAAAUCGUCGAUGUUGGAUGCGGAAAUGGAAUGAUGUUGAUUGAGCUUCAUAAUGAAGGUUUCACAAAUCUUUAUGGGGUUGAUUAUUCAGAGCAUGCAAUCACUUUAGCUGAAGCUGUUAAGGAAAAGUAUGAAUGUAACCACAUAGAAUACUCGGUUUGCGAUUUAUUGGGGGAUAAUACAAAUUUGGAAGAUUUUGAUGUGGUUUUUGAUAAAGGAACUUACGACGCGAUUAGUUUAAGUGAUAACGCCAAAAUUAAUAGGAACAAAUACAUCAAAAAUGUGGCUAAAUCACUGAAGGAAAAUGGAUUACUUAUUUUGAAUUCCUGCAAUUGGACUGAAUGUGAAGUUGUGGAGCAAUUUAAAGGAUUUUUUGAGGUGUUUAAUGUUAUACCAACACCACAAUUUAAGUUUGGGGGAAAAGUGGGAAAUGUAGUUUCUUCUGUUGUAUUAAAAAAAAUAAAAUAAAAUUUGAUUAAUUUAA